UUUCUCGUUGCUGGAGAUCCUGUCUCUGGUCAUGAGCCUAGUCCUCUCGCUGGUGACCAUGGCGGCUUUCUUUGUGUACAGGAAAAUGAAGCUGGAGAAAGAGCUGGCGUCGGAGCUCUGGCGCAUUCACUGGGAGGACGUCCAGUCCAGCAAUCUGGAGAAGAAUUUGCGCAGCAUGGGCAGCAAGCUCACCCUGUCGCUGAGAGGGUCAAACUACGGCUCCCUGCUUACCACAGAGGGUCAGUUCCAGGUAUAUGCCAAGACGGCUUAUUACAAGGGAAACCUUGUGGCCGUGAAACACGUGAACCGGAAGCGCGUCGAGCUCACACGCAAGAUCCAGUUUGAGCUGAAGCACAUGAGGGACGUUCAGAACAAACACCUGACGCGUUUUAUCGGGGCCUGUAUCGAUCCGCCAAACAUCUGUAUCCUGACGGAAUACUGCACUCGUGGGAGUCUCCAGGAUAUCCUGGAGAACGACAGCAUCACGUUGGACUGGAUGUUCCGCUAUUCACUCACCAAUGACAUUGUUAAGGGGAUGCUCUUCCUCCACAACAGUGUGAUCCACUCCCACGGCAACCUGAAGUCCUCCAACUGCGUGGUGGACAGCCGCUUCGUGCUGAAGAUCACAGACUAUGGGCUGGAGAGCCUCCGCCAGGCGCCCGACACGGAGGACUCGUACGCGCUGUUUGCCAAGAAACUGUGGACCGCACCUGAGCUUUUGAGGAUGGAGUCCCCCAUGCCGGGAGGCACCCAGAAAGGUGACGUUUACAGCUUCGGGGUCAUUUUGCAGGAGAUUGCCCUUCGCAGCGGUGUCUUCUACGUGGAAGGAAUGGCCCUGAGCCCCAAAGAGAUCAUCGAGCGAGUGAAGAGUGCCGAGUGCCCCCCGUUUCGACCUUCCAGCAACCUGGGCUACAACCUGGAGGAUGUGGUGACCCUCAUGCAGCGAUGCUGGGCGGAAGACCCCCAGGAGCGCCCAGACUUCCAGCACAUCAAAGGCAUGCUGCGGAAAUUCAACAAAGAGAGCAGCAGCAACCUCUUGGAUACGUUGUUAUCGCGCAUGGAGCAGUACGCCAACAACCUGGAGGAGUUGGUGGAGGAACGAACCCAGGCCUACCUGGAGGAGAAGCGCAAGGCCGAGGCCCUGCUGUACCAGAUCCUGCCCCACUCAGUGGCCGAACAGCUGAAACGAGGAGAGACGGUGCAGGCCGAGGCCUUUGACAGCGUCACCAUCUACUUCAGCGACAUUGUGGGGUUCACGGCGCUGUCGGCAGAAAGUACGCCCAUGCAGGUGGUGACGCUGCUGAAUGAUCUGUAUACCUGUUUCGACGCCAUCAUUGAUAAUUUUGACGUUUACAAGGUGGAGACCAUCGGUGAUGCCUACAUGGUGGUUUCAGGCCUGCCGGUGCGCAACGGCAGACUGCACGCCCGAGAAGUAUCACGCAUGUCGCUGGCGCUGCUUGAAGCCGUCCGCAAUUUCAAGAUCCGCCAUCGGCCCGAACAACAGCUGAAGCUGCGGAUUGGGAUCCACAGCGGUCCAGUCUGUGCGGGUGUUGUGGGCCUAAAGAUGCCCCGCUACUGCCUCUUUGGGGACACUGUGAACACAGCCUCCCGCAUGGAGUCCAACGGAGAAGCCCUGAAGAUCCACCUCUCAGCAGCCACCAAAUCCAUCCUGGAGGAAUUUGGCUGCUUCGAACUGGAGGUCCGUGGGGAUGUGGAGAUGAAGGGCAAAGGCAAAAUGAGGACCUACUGGCUAUUGGCAGAGCGGGUCAGCAGCACACGGGGCUGAUGAACCGUGGGAUACCUUUAGCAGGAGACCCCGUUCCUCUGCUUUGCAGCAGGGGGAAGGGAAAGCUUCUCAGCUGAACCACCAAAGACUGUUCAGGGAACCCUCGGCUUUGAGUCAGGCCAGCAACGGAGAUGCCUUUGGCUCUGCGCAUUGCCCAAGCAUGGCUUGCCUGCAGCGCACCGCCCAGAUCCAACUCUGAGCUCGAAAGACUUGCUCCUCACACUAACUGGCCAAGAUGGAGUUUGAAAGUGGUUGGACCCACGUGUCAUUUGCUUGUACAAACGAGACUUUGUAGUCCAUACCAAGCAGGAGUCUGCCCCGCAGUGGCCUCUGUCGAUGUAAUAGCUCUUCUCUGUCCCAAUGAACUCCGGUCCCCGAUGCCCCCGAGCUGGCGCCCGAUGUCGGGAAACUCCACCGUCAACAUGGCAUCACACAGCCGGAUCAGGAAGCAGUGAGGACAGGGCAUCAAGCAUCUUUGGGGGAUCUCACACCCCCUCACCUCCUGGCCCACCUGUGAUUGUUCUUAGAAACUCUUUCCACACUGCUCUAGAUUUUGUAAUAAAAUGAACGUGUGUGUUUCUGUCUAA